CGAAAUCAAUCCAAGGCUCAAAAUUUUGAUGAAGCGUUGAAAAAAUACCAUAAAAAUUCCACAUUUAUCAGUCCUCAGAUGCAAUAAUCUUCCAGACCGCGCGGUGUCGCUCCAGUAAAGCUUGGCUCUGUGUAAAGACUUCCUGUGAUUCGCACUAGCAGCAGCAUGGACAUUCACUUACUGAACAGAGUCUCCUUUUUAAAACUUUUUUAAAAUCAACGCAAGAAAGACGGGUACUUAAAACGAAUGAAUUGGAUUUUUUUAUUUUUUUCCUUUUAAAAAAGAAAAGUAAGCCCUAACGGAGAUAAACAAGAAAUCAACGUUUACUUUUAAAGUUAGCAUGUGCAAGUUCAGUGUUUACAAACAUCCAUGUGAUUGGUGGUGCAGCACCUACAAUUACCUACAAAAGUAAGCUUUGUUGAAAAGCCCUCAUGUCGUGAUGCAUCAUUUAAUACGCUGUCCUCUCCAGAGGACUCUAGUCUCUCACCAAUGGAGGUAUCCACGAUAUUUCUUCUCCACCAAACCUCACUCAAUUCAGGGCGAGGACUCGGUCGAAACCCGCCUGAACCCCCUCAAAAUCCAGAUGCUGUCGAAGAACCUCCACGAGCAGAUCUUCCGCGGUGUAGUGCCAGAGUUCAGCGAGGAGGCCGUCCAGCGCAGCAUAAGCCACUUGCAGAAGCACCAGCUGUGGGGAAAGGAAGCUUCCCUGUUGCCUGACGUUGAGCUUAAACUCCCCCAAAUGUAUGGCAAAAACAUCGACGAGCACUUCCGCAUUUUGGCUGAGAAGCAGAGCCUUCCUUACCUGGAGGCUGUCACCAGGCUGCUACAGGCAGAGCUGCCAUCCAUGCCUCAGGAGUGGAGUUGGGAGGUGGGCUGGACUCGCUAUGGGCCCAAUGGGGAGACUCAGAAAGUUGAUUUUCCGGCUGAAUCUGUGCUAGUGUUCGAUGUGGAGGUGUGCAUGACAGAGGGGCGGUGUCCGACACUGGCCGUUGCUUUGUCUCCCACAAACUGGUAUUCCUGGUGUAGCAAACGUUUAAUAGAGGAACGAUACUCCUGGUCAAAUCAGCUCAGUCUUGCUGAGCUUAUUCCUCUGGAAACACCUUUGAACUCUUCACGUCCACCAGGCGGUCAGUGGAAGGAGAGGCUUGUAGUGGGCCAUAACGUCAGUUUUGAUCGAUCUCACAUCAAGGAGCAAUACCUUUUAAAGGGCUCAAAGGUGCGCUUCCUGGACACCAUGAGCCUUCACAUGGCCAUUUCAGGACUGACAGGGUUCCAGCGCAUUCUGUGGAUGGCCAACAAGUUAGGAAAAAAGAAGGGUGUACAAGAGGUCAAAGAACACAUCAAGAAAACAGGACAGAAAAGAGAUGGACCAAUGAUUGGUUCUUGGGACUGGGUGAACAUCAGCAGCAUCAACAAUCUGGCUGAUGUCCAUGAUCUGUAUGUGGGGGGGCCACCUCUGCAAAAAGAGGCCAGAGAGAUCUUCAUAAAAGGCAACAUGACAGAUGUGCGGAACAAUUUCCAGGAACUGAUGCAGUACUGCGCCCUGGAUGUUCAGGCCACACACCGGGUGUUCACCGAGCAGAUGCCUCUCUUCAUGGAGAGGUGCCCCCAUCCGGUGACGUUCGCCGGAAUGCUUGAGAUGGGAGUGAGCUACCUCCCCGUCAAUCAGAACUGGGGUCGGUACCUGGAAGACUCUCAGGAUGUUUACGACGAGCUCCAGAGAGAGAUGAAGAAGUCUCUGAUGACUCUAGCAGACGACGCUUGCCAACUCUUGCAGGAUUCCAGAUACAAAGAAGACCCCUGGCUUUGGGAUCUGGAGUGGGAUGUGCAGGAGUUUAAGCAGAAAAAAGUGGCUGCUAGCAAGAAGAAAGCAGCUAAAAAAACAGCCGGAAAACAAGUUUCCAGCCUUCUUCCCGACUUGGACGAUGAUCCAGGUCCACCAUCCGAGGAGGAAAUGGAGGGGUCCUGCCCCAGCAGACUAGCUGUUGAAAAACUGAAAGAAACAGUCACUCGACUUCCUAAAAGAAGGCAGCAUCUGCCCGGUCAUCCGGGGUGGUAUCGUAAGCUGUGUGAGAAAAUGUCCCAGAAUGACGGCUGGUCGUCAGGAGCCACCCUCAUCAGUCUGCAGAUGAGACUGACGCCCAAACUGAUGGGCCUGACGUGGGACGGCUUUCCCCUCCAUUACACGGAGAAGCACGGAUGGGGAUAUCUGGUUCCUGGACGGAAGGAUAAUUUAAAUCCUGCAGGAGAAAACGCCGGCCCUGUAUGUCCACACAGAUCCAUCGAGAGGAUUUACAAAGAGUAUUGUGAGCAGAACAGCAAAGUGCAGCCGAAAUCUUUGGAUUCUGGUGACUCUGAUGAUCUCAUCUGGACUGACAGCUCAGUGUGGGAAAAGGUGGAGGAAAUGAGUUCUUUGGAGAACGUUUUAGAUGAAAACGGAUUUGGAUCAGUUCAAAAUGACACCAAGAGGAAGAAGGUGAGCACGCUUUUUAAACUUUAUGAUCCAAUUUUGUUUUUAAUUAAUCAUUUUUUAUGUCUUCAACAGGCUCUAGAUCCACAGUUUUUUCCGGAGGAAAGUGACUGCCAUUAUCACCAUGGAAACGGCCCCUACAAUGAUGUUAACAUUCCUGGCUGCUGGUUCUUCAAAUUACCUCAUAAGGACGGAAACCACAACAACGUUGGCAGUCCUUUUUCUAAGGACUUCUUGGUGAAGAUGGAGGAUGGCACUCUUAGGGCAGGAAGAGGAGGCACCAACGCAGCCCGAGCUCUGGAGAUCAACAAAAUGAUGUCGUUCUGGAGGAACGCGCACAAACGCAUAAGCUCUCAGAUGGUGGUGUGGCUGAGGAAGGGAGAGCUUCCUCGUAACGUCAGCAGACACAAAGACUUUGAUGAAGAGGGCCAGUAUGGUGCUAUAUUACCUCAGGUCGUCACUGCGGGGACUGUAACUCGCAGGGCCGUGGAGCCAACAUGGCUGACUGCUAGCAAUGCUCGGAGGGAUCGAGUUGGCAGUGAGCUGAAGGCCAUGGUACAGGUGCCUCCUGGAUAUCACCUGGUAGGAGCGGACGUGGACUCUCAGGAGUUGUGGAUUGCAGCCGUACUUGGAGAGGCUCAUUUUGCCGGCAUGCACGGUUGUACGGCGUUUGGCUGGAUGACCCUUCAAGGGAAGAAGAGUCAGGGCACAGACCUUCACAGCCGCACUGCUGAGGCUGUGGGCAUCAGCAGGGAGCAUGCGAAGGUCUUCAAUUACGGGCGCAUCUAUGGUGCAGGACAGCCCUUUGCUGAGAGAUUGCUGAUGCAGUUCAACCAUCGCCUUAAUCAGACGGAAGCUGCCAGUAAGGCCAAGCAGAUGUACGCCUUAACCAAGGGUAUACGGAGAUACCAUCUGUCAGAGGAGGGUGAAUGGCUGGUGAACGAACUGGGUUUUGACGUGCAGAGGGAGGAGGAUGGAAGCGUCUCUCUGCAGGAGCUGAGGAGGAUUUCUAAAGUGGCUUCACAGUCCUCUCGGCGGAAGAAGUGGGAUAUUGUUGGUAAGCGCGUCUGGGCUGGAGGCACAGAGUCAGACAUGUUCAACAAGCUGGAGAGCAUCGCUCACUCAGCGCAGCCAGCCACCCCCGUCUUACGCUGCAGGAUCAGCAGAGCUCUGGAGCCAAAGGCAGUUAGAAACGAGUUCAUCACCAGCAGAGUAAACUGGGUGGUCCAAAGCUCUGCAGUGGAUUACCUACAUCUGAUGUUGGUGGCCAUGAAGUGGCUCUUCGAAGAGCACGACAUCGAUGGCCGUUUCUGCAUCAGCAUCCACGAUGAGGUGCGCUACCUGGUCCGGAGCGAGGACCGUUACCGAGCGGCGCUGGCCCUUCAGAUCACAAACUUACUCACGAGGAGCGUGUUUGCACAUGCGUUGGGCCUGCAAGACCUGCCCCAGUCUGUGGCUUUUUUCAGCGCGGUGGACAUCGACCAGUGUCUGAGGAAGGAGGUCGUCAUGGACUGUGUGACUCCAUCCAACCCAACAGGAGUGGAGCGGAGAUACGGCCUUCCGUCUGGUGAGGCGCUGGACAUCUACCAGAUCAUCAACAUUACUGGAGGCUCUCUGGACAAAGGAAGAUAGGAGCAUCUAAACCACUGAAAACAAGAAUCACAACAUUCACAGCAAAUCAUUUCAAAAACUGGAGCUCAGAGUUUUCUCUUCUUCUUUUUGGGCUCCUGGGUCUCCUCUGCAUUUUGUGCCUCUGUGGUCUGAAAGAAGAGAAGAAAUGGGUCAAACAAUUUCUUUGCAAACUUUUAUUUAUUUUUUUUUGUAAAAUUAUCUCAUUUUGGGGCGUUUUUUAAGCUAAAAACAGCACUGACCUCCUGACUGUGGUCCUGCUCCUGCAGAGCUGCUUCCAGAGUCGUAGCGUUGAUGCGGAAAUCUCUUGAAGUGCUGAGCUUCAUGUACUGCAUCAAAUUUACCUGGAGGAACAUUUUUACAGACAUUAUAUGUUGUAUAACUGUGAACAUUCUUUACAAGAUUGUCUCUUGUAAUGAAGUUAAGGUGUACCUUUGACUUCUUUGAGAGUGUAAUGAGAUACUUCUCAUAUUGUUCAAUGCUGAAGAUCAGGUUUGGCGUGGCCUUUGUCUCCCGCAAAAGCUUUGCCUGCAAGCAGCGUAGGAAAGUCAUGGUGUGAUGGCAAAUAAUGACUGUUGUUCAAACCCUUUGUGACCUCAUUAAAGUCCUUACAGAA